CCCAUUUUUGUUUGUUAGCAGCCUUUCUUUCUGGUCCGUGAAGUUCGGUGUUUUGUAUUCCUCUAAAUGCAGCGGACAGCUCUUAUUGGUAGGUGCAAACGUUACAUCACGAUGGGCAUGACGCGCCGUCUUCCUGUUUCCUUCAGCUGCGUCUUAAAGUGAAUCUUGUUGGUGGGAGAGAGCUCCAGCACUGCCGAGCGCGCCUCGCACACGAACACAAUCUCAACCCAGAAAGUGGAGCGGCGCAAAAGAGCGCUCUUCUCUCACGCUCAUCACUCUCGCCUGCCCCGAGAAAUUACAAUAUUCAUCACCAGGCGAGAAGCCCUCUCUGUGUUCUCUCUUUCAUUAUAGCAAAGAAGCUCAAUUUCCUCUCAUCUGCGGAGUAAGUAACCUUGUCCUCAGAUAGCUCCCGUGUAUUUUCUCUCUUUCGAAUCGCUUGCGGUCCUGGGGAAGAAAAAACGCUCUAGAAAAUACCCGAAUUGCUAAAUUUCUUUUCACCAGUUAAUUGACUUUAUUAGGCCACAUCGUAAUAUUUAUUUAUUUUACCAUUAGGAUUUCCAUAACCUAUUCUUGAAGAGUUUUUUUUCCACGGUUUUCUUUUCAUCGAGAGGGAUACGGCUUUACCACUAAGGUCGCAGGGUUGUGGAGCUGUGCCCCACUGGCAGGCCUGUAAAGAUGGCAGAAUAACAGGCCAGUGAUGCCUGACCAUGAGAGCGCAGCCCUCCUAAGCAGACAACCCAAGAGAAGAAGAGUUGACAUUGGAGUUAAAAGGACCGUAGGGACAGCGUCGGUGGUCUUCGCCCGAGCGAACGCAAGCCUGUUGUGUGCCAUGAAUCCCCACGGCUCCGAGCAGGAUGUGGACUGUUCGGUGGUGCAGCACGCGGACGGGGAGAAGUCCAACGUGCUCCGCAAGCUGCUGAAGAGGGCCAACUCGUACGAGGAGGCCAUGAUGCCCUUCCCGGGAGCCACCAUCAUCUCCCAGCUGCUGAAAAACAACAUGACCAAAAACGGCGGCGCUGAGCCGGGCUUCCCCGGCGGCGGGCUGUCCGGCGCGGGCUCCGAGCUCCACCAGGAGGACGCCUGCAGCAACUCGUCCCGCGAGAGCCCGCGAGAGUGCCCCUCGCCCUUCGGCCGGCCCGCCCUCGGCCAGUUCGACGUGGAGCGGCUGAGCGACGAGCACCUGCGGGCCAAGCGCGCCCGCGUGGAGAACAUCAUCCGCGGCAUGAGCCACUCGCCCAGCGUGACGCUGCGGGCGGGCGAGGGCGAGCGAGAGGGCGCCGUGCCGCCCGCCAGCCCCCGCGACAGCUACCGCGAGAACAAGCGCAAGCAGAAGCUGCCCCAGCAGCAGCAGCAGAGCUUCCAGCAGCUGGUGUCGGCCCGCAAGGAGCAGAAGCAGGAGGAGCGGCGGCAGCUGAAGCUGCAGCUGGAGGACAUGCAGAAGCAGCUGCGGCAGCUGCAGGAGAAGUUCUACCAGAUCUACGACAGCACCGACUCGGAGAACGACGAGGAGGGCAACCUGUCAGAGGGCAGCAUGCGCUCCGACCCAGAGCAGCGGGCGCACGACUCCGCCCCCGACCGCUCCGACAACGAGAUGUCCGACCUGGACCCCACCCACUUCCUGGACCGGGCGCGCGCCCUGAUCCGGGAGCAGACCCUGAUGGCGGAGGGGGGCAAGCCCAAGCGGGACGGCCCCCGGGGCAAGGGCCAGGCCCCACCCUCGAUGCAUGCCGAGGGGAAGCAGCUGGCCGAGACACUGAAGCAGGAGCUGAACACCGCCAUGUCGCAGGUGGUGGACACCGUGGUCAAGGUGUUCGCCAAGCCGCCACGCCCGGUCCCCCAGGUGUUCCCGCCCCUCCCGAUGCCGCAGGACCGCUUCACCGUCAACGGGGAGAAUCCCAACUUCCACACGGCCAAUCAGAGGCUGCAGUGCUUCGGUGACGUCAUCAUCCCCAACCCCCUGGACUCCUUUGGGGGCAUGCCGGUGCCCAGCUCCAACGACCAAACCGAGGCGCUGCCCCUGGUGGUCAGAAAGAACUCUGCAGACCAGUCAUCCUCCCUGCCCCCUCCCGGGAGCCACCACCACCCCUCCCUGCACCCCUCCCCCCUCUCUGCCACCAUGGGCUUCAGCCCACCCUCCUUCAGGCACCCUUUCCCCCUCCCUCUCAUGGGCUACCCUUUCCAGAACCCUUUGGGCACCCCCUCGGGCGCCUAUCCUGGCAAAGACAGGUCCUCGCCGGAGUCUCUGGACCUGUCCAGGGAGACCGCCAGCCUUCGGACCAAGAUGUCCUCCAAUCACCUGAACCACCACCGGUCCUGCUCCCCUUCGCACCCGGGUGGCACCGAGGGCCUGUCCUUGUCCCUAAUCAAGUCAGAGUGCGGAGACCUUCAGGACAUGUCCGAGAUCUCACCGUACUCAGGAAGUACAAUUCAGGAAGGACUGUCACCAAAUCACUUAAAGAAGGCCAAGCUGAUGUUCUUCUACACCAGAUACCCCAGCUCCAACAUGCUGAAGAUGUUCUUCUCCGAUGUCAAGUUUAACAGGUGCAUCACGUCGCAGCUGAUCAAGUGGUUCAGCAACUUCCGUGAGUUCUACUACAUCCAGAUGGAGAAGUUCGCCAGACAAGCCAUCAACGACGGCGUGGCGGGUAACGAGGAGCUGAGCGUCAGCCGCGACUGCGAGCUCUUCCGCGCCCUCAACAUGCACUACAACAAGGCCAACGACUUCGAGGUUCCGGAGCGGUUCCUGGAAGUGGCACAGAUCACAUUACGGGAGUUUUUCAAUGCCAUUGUUGCAGGCAAAGAUGUUGAUCCUUCCUGGAAGAAGGCCAUAUACAAGGUCAUCUGCAAGCUGGACAGUGAGGUCCCGGAGAUUUUUAAAUCUCCCAAUUGUCUGCAAGAGCUCCUGCAUGAAUAGACUCUCACUGCCCCCUCCCUUCCCUCUGAAUGUAUGAAGUAUGAAAUAGCAUUCCCGUUUUGAAAGCCCCGGCUGUUCUAGGUUGACCUAUCUUUUAUUUUUUUUUCUCUUCUUCUUCUUUUUCUGGAAAGUCGUUGAAGCCAUUGGGUGUUUUGACUGUGUGAAUCCCCCCUCUCCCUGUCCCUGCACUGGGGAACGGCCGCUUUUCCAGAGCCUGACGGCUAAUUGUACUGUUAACCUGAAACUCUCCUCAUC